GGAUGGUAACUAGUGCCUGUCUAAUAUACAUUGGAAUGAGCAUAGGCCUUCCUCCUAAGGUGCUGUUUCAAAAGAAUUAUUUCCUGUUUUGAUUCUGGGAAGUUGUGAAAUAAUAGUGGACAAAAUGUUGCUAUGCUACAUUGAGAUCCAAACAGUGAGUUUUGGUUUCUCUGUAAAGGAUGUCCAUAAAACUCAUGGAGUUUGGUUUUCAAUGUCAUUGUAAAUAGGUGAAACUGUACGUGUCAUUGUGUUUGGAACUGAAUUCCACCACUGAAAUCAGUGGUGAUCCCUGGGGCUGAGAGGGAGGGAGAGGAGAUGCAGCCAGGUGCCACUAGUUUGCCCUGACUGAAAUUAGUGACUGGUGUGAAUGGCAGCCUGGCUGAGGGGUGGGAAGGAAUGAAAACUGACGGGAUCGGCAUUGGCCUCACACGGGAAUGACUGAAUAAAUGCAAUAAAAGGCUCAAAGUCAACACUGUUCCUUUGUUCAUCACUUAUUACAGAUUUUUUGUUAUAAAUUUGAGUACAAGAAUUAUAUAAUUUGUAAAAUGACACUGUAGUGGAGACCUUGGUACAACACUAUUAAAAAUCCUCCCUGUUUGUGAGAUCUGAGGUUUGUAGAAUAGUGAAAUUCUUUCAUAUGUUGAAUCUUGGUCUGUUCCUGAUGGUGGGAGUGCUGGGCUGAUGUAUCUCACUGUGAGCUGGGUCUUGGCUAUUUGCAUAACAUGGCAGUUCUGUACAUUCUUCUGGCUAAUUGUAAAUAUAAAUGUUUCAUAAUAGCUUAGUUGCAUUUUUGAGGUACAGCCAUUUGUGUGAGAUUAGAAAAAACUUUAUUUCUAAGAACUUGUAAAAAAAAAAAAGUAUUUUCAAUAAAAUUCCCUACCUCACCUCUAUUGUGCAAAAAUGAUCCCAUUUUCCUAUGUUGAAUUUUUACAAAGUUGGAAAUACAAAGGUCCUCUUUCAGUUAUUGGCUAAACAUUGCUGGUUUUCAUCAAAUCAGUCAAAUAACAGACUGCUUGAAAGUCUGAAGUCUCAUUUGUUUCCUUUGCUCCCAUUCCAGUGUGGUGAUCAGGUAUUUGGUACCUGAAAAGCAAGUUCUAGAUCUGUUAUGCCCUCUCCAGCUGCUUCCUCCCUGUGCCCUGGGGGCCAGAGCUUGUACCCUGGAGUUGUGUAGGGGCUGGCCAGGCUUCAGGGGAGGGUUAUUAUUUUUCUUUUCAGCAGUGAGGGGGUGGGUGACAGUUGUACACCAAGCAUCUCUCUGACUGUAAGGGGGAGAAGAGUUCUCAAUGUUUUGCAGGGAAGGGAAUUGGACAAACACUUUGCUUUCUUUAGUUGGGAUGUAAAUGCACAUUCCCAUAAUCAGUUCUAAAAAGAAAUGUCUUCAAAGACUUGGAAGUUAUGCCAAACUGAACUAGCUAAUUAAUUCCUCCUUCCUCUGGAAUGCCUAACUUCUUACACCUUUUAAAAAGUAGAUCACUAGUGCCAGGAGUGUUCUCUCCAGUUGCUGCUGGGAAUUACUUUCUCUGCCUCCUGACAUGGAUAUAGCAAACCCAAAUCCAAUUUUUAACCUUAGAUCUUUCAGUGGCUGGGUUUGAUUCCUCUGCGUUCCUGCACCUGUAAUGGCAACAUUUUCCUUGCCAUAGUUGAGAGAUUGUGUUCUUUGACAACACCUGUAAAAUUUCUGAGGCUGUCCCAUGGUGCAGGUCCCUGGGAGAAAGGAAAAGAAGGGGAGAAAAGGCAUUGGACUGUGUGUACUGGAGGCCCUUCCUCAGGAGAACUCUUGUUCUCUUUUGCUUUUGUGCAAGAACCAGAGAUUUCACAGGAGGGGUGGAGAAAUGGCAUCAGUUCCUGCUCAGCUCUGUAAAAAGCACUGAUUUUGAACCCAAAUAAUCUCAAGAGACUGUGGGUUUUCUAGGCUAGGUGUCUGCUUCCUUGGAAAGAGAGGUAGAGGUAUUUUUAGAUGCAAAUUUUUACAUCCUAUUGCUGUUGGUAGUUCUGAGACCAGUGUAAAAUCGGUGGUUGGCAUUCCUAAGGACCCUCCCUUCUCCUGAGAUGAGAGCAGUGGCUCAGAGCUUCAAACAUUGCUGUGUGAAAGGACUAGCAAGUACCCUGCAAUGAUACAAGAACAGUGUGUUUUCAGGCUCUCUGAUUUAAGCCCCGAAUCUACAGGAAACCUGGAGUCACAGCAAAGCACCCCCCCUAGUGCUUGGCAGCCUGGCAAGAGUUGUAAUGGGCUCUUACUGGUUUCAGAUUUAAACCAGUAAGACUUACCCUGCUUGAGUACUAUAAUUAAGCGUCACCCUCCUCCCUGAGUCACUUCUCAUGGAAUAUACAGUUUUCAAGGUUUUGCACCCUUUCUCUUGACACCUUAAUUAGGCAUCUGGAUUUGGAUGUGAAAAUCUGUGAUCUCCUCGAGUAAGAAAUGGCAGAGUUAGACUUGUUUCUAGAAUGUCCCACUAGACUGGCUCAGCCGAGUGACCCAAGACUCCCCAGCCCAAUGUCCUGCUUGGUUUAGCUGUGCUGUGCCCUGGGCUGGGCUGCAGGCACAUCCCCACCAUCUCCAGCAGAUUAGGCUGAAAUACUUUGUUGCAAGUGCUGGCCUUAAACUGCCACCUCCUUCUCAACAUCUGGUUAAUCAAAAGCAAAAAUGUGCUUUCACAUUUUGAUUAAAGGCUCGGGUUCAAGUUUUACAUACUUCUAAGUUCCAAACUAAUUUUAGUGUAAUUAGCUGGAUUAAACAUGACAGUUAAAUUACAAAUAACUAAUAACCUUAAUAUUGGAGAGUGCUAACAAGAGACGUUAGUUUUGCUUGUAAGUCAUGUGCAUAAGGAAGGGGAUUUAUAAUGCUGACAUUUUAUUAAUUAACUAUAUAUUCUAGAGCAUUCCCAUUCUUCCCCACUUAUAUCUGUCAUCUCAGCUUCAUUUCAUGCUAAAUAAAACCUCACAUUUACUUUGCAGCUUUGCUGGAGACGCUACAUUAAUCUGAGAAGAAUUAAUGCACAUCCUGGAAUUAUGUACAUCCCACCUGAGUUCCUAUGCCAGGGCUCCCACCUUAACUCUGCAAAGUACUUAAAUGUGAAGAUCCUUUAACGUGACGUUGCCAUGGAUUCCUGGCAUGAGCACCAACCUGUAUUCCUCAAAAUAGGACUGUUAACUGCUUGAACUUGGAAGAUUACUGUGAUGUUGGGAUUCUCUUAUACUGGCAUUAUGUUCUGUCAUUGUUAUGUGACAUUAUACCUACAGAAACUACCAAUAAAGGAUUUUGCUAGAA